AUGUCUGCACAGGCCGCUAUAGAUUGCUCGGUCUGGUACCAACCAGAGAUCGGCAACCGAUUAAAGCCAGAGACCCGAUUCGUCUUCCCGCGACCAGGCAUGGCCUCUAGGAAAUACCCGUGCAUCGGACUUUGGAUGUUUCUCCUACCGGGGAUUGCAGGAUUCGCCGAAUUCCCCAGCGUGCUUGAAGUUGCCCGGCGGCCCCAUGCAAACAUACUAGAUCUUGGAUGCGGUCUCGGCCAGGAUCUACGAUUGCUAGCCGCCCAUGGAGUCCCAACCGAGCGCAUGUGGGCCCUGGACAUCGAGGCCCAGUUGUGGAAUCUGGGCUUUGAACUAUUUCGCGACCAGGGUCGCAUGCAUGCAGGCUUUAUUCAGGCUGAUUUCCAAACGACCGAUUUGUGCGACACUAGCCCACUUGGUGCAUUAACGGGUAAAGUGGAUUUGAUUAUGGCUUCGCAAUUCCUGCACUUGUUCGACUGGGAGGGCCAGUUGGCGGCAAGCAAGAAAAUCGUCGGCUUGUCGAAGCCGGGGACCAUGCUGGUGGGGUUUCAGCAAGGCCGAGAACAGGCAAGGGAGUAUAUUCGGCCGUGGGGGAUGAUGUUCUAUCAUAACCGCGAGUCUUUCCUCCGCCUUUGGGAGUCUGUUCAGAAGCAAACGGGGACGCGAUGGAAAAUACAGGUGGCGGCUGUUCCAUUGCAAGACUGGGGAAUGGAGGAUGAGGACCUAACUUGGAUGCCAGAAGACCGUAUCGGUAUGAACUUCUUGCUGACUAGAGAAGAAUAG